CCAAAGAACACUGUGCAUAAAUAAACAUUGGUACUCAUUUAUCAGUCAGCGAUUAAAUUAUGGCUUCCCUGAAUGGAAAUGUUCCACCUCCUCCCCCUACCCCACCAAGACGACCCCAUUCGCCACGCGUUGCGAUAUCACCUGGAAAUGAGUCGGAAUUGGAUACUUUGAUAGAAGUCCUUGACACUUCGAGGACUGAGAAGCAAAAGUGCGAGCAACAAGUCCUCACUUCUCAAGCCUGGAUAGCAAUAGGGCACCAAAUUAUCAAGGAGUCGGAGGAAAACAUAGUCAUGCGAAAAAUGGACAUCAAAAAGUGGGACACCAUUCGCAAUAGUUUUAAAGACAGGAUAGAUGUGAUACAAAGCCACAGUGGUCAAAACAGUAGAAAGCUACGGCGAAUCUCGGUGAUUGAAUCCUCUCAAGAAGCUGUCCCACUCUCUGGAAAUGAAAUGCCGUGGUCCCGACCUCAAGUGGUUUCAUCUCACACGCUUCAGAUCAGUGUUUGGCUUCAAGAGUUGUCAUUGAUGGAGGAAAUAGCAGCGAACAUAAUACCCGAAAUAGUAUCAUCAAUGGACCAAAUAACAGCGGGAACAACAGCGUCACAACCCAAGUCGUGAACAAUACUGGUAAUAAUGCUGAUAUUACUAAUUACUAGUACGCUUAGUUCGCCUUUAUCAGGGGAAGAGGAGCUAAAUCGGGCUUAUGACAAUCUACACACAUCCCAGUUAUCGGAAAUCGGUCAAAUUUCGGACGGAGAUUUCGAAUCAUGACAUUUUACGUAUUCUUCUAAUCGAUCAAAAUCAUCUGUGGAACACUUUUAUCGAUUUUACCAAAUUUGUCCAUUACAAACUGGUGUACUAGAGUUGAGACUGUUUCGCUAGUAAUUUGUGUACCUGUAAAAUAUUCUUCAAUUUCUUCUGUCAUUGCCAUCCUUAAAUAUGUUUAUGACCUAGGUUAAUUGUAGGAAUGGUGCUUUUUCUCAAUUUUUUGGUGUGAUUUUUAUUUUUAAUUUGCAUACUAGUUGCAUACUUACGCAUCGCUAAGUUUGAUAUAACUAUUUUUCAUCGUGUUGUUAAUGAAAAGGCACGACGGGUAAAUAAUUGGGCAACAAUUUCGCAUCUUAAUUCACAUUAAUUUACUAUUUAUUGCGUGUACAUAAAAAGUCUUUUGUCUAAAAUGAAUAAUUUUGUCUCUCUCUCCACUGCAUUGCCUCGCUUGUUACAAACGAUUAAUAUCAAGUUUAAAAUCAAUGUAUUUUUUUUACAUAGAUGCAUCCAAUUUAUUUUGCCAAAAUAGCUGGAUUGUCUUCAAGCAGAGCAUAAUUUAAUU